AUGAAAGCAACAGGGUAGGAUUUAGAUAUCAUAAAACUUUUAAGCAGUAAAGAGUGGUAAAUAACUUAUAAAAAUUUUGUUUACUAAUAUUCUUCUCAAUUUUAAGAAAAUUAAUAGAAUUUGAACUAACAACAAGAAUUACAUAAAGUAAAUCAAAUUUUGAAAUUAAUUAUAGAAAUUUUAAGAAUCCUUAUAACCAAUAUUAAAUAAGUUUAUUUCAAAGGAGUCUUAAGAGAAAUAUAAAAAGGUAAUCUUUAUCCUAACUAAAAUAGAAUAUUAAAGAACUUAUGUAAAAUUAUUCAUAAGAGACAAUUAUACAAUAUGUUUGUUUAUUUGAUUUUCAUUUAUUUCAAACUGAAAUGAUUUCUUAAAACUAACUAUUAGAUUUGAUUGCUUUAGAAUUAAUUAGAAAGGAAGCAUAAUAAGAUUAAUAAGAAAGUAGUUCUGAUGAUGAGGAAGCAGAGAAGGCAUACUUUGAAAAAUCAAGAGAAUAAACAAAAUAAUAAAUUGAAGGAACUUUGAAUGUUGAAGAAGAAAAAUAAAAAUUAGAGAAGACAAUAAGAGAAACAAUUGCUAAUUUUAACUUACCAGAAGUUAUCAAAUAACCAGAAAUUGAAGUGGAUUAAUAUGGAUUUAAUUAAGGAGUAAUUGAAAAAGAAGAUGAUAUUUUAAAGAAAAGUAUCAAAUUAAGAACUUUAAAAUUAAAAUAAACAAUUCCAAAAAAAGAAAUAAGAUUAACAGCAGAAUAAUUAAAAAAGAGAAGAUUACAAAUAGAAUUAGUUAAAAAAGCUAUUAAGGAAUAAUGA